CCCUCGACUAGGUCAUGGCGUCAUCGGGAAAGCCGACUACGUGCAAGGAUGCGAUAAAGCGCUGGGAGGAGUGUAACGGGGGUGCGGAUGCCAGCACCGCGACGGAGGUCUGCCUCGACUUCCAAUGGCUGCCGAUCGAGCGGAUGGACAAUUCUCUGUCGGUACUCGGCAGGUGCGAGCAUCUGUCGCUCUCGACCAACAUGAUCGAGAAGAUCGCAGGAGUCGGCAGUCUCAAGUGCCUACGAAUCCUCUCCCUCGGUCGGAACCAAAUCAAGAGCUUCGCCGGACUAGAGAUCCUCGGCGACACCCUCGAGGAGCUUUGGAUCUCCUACAACGCCAUCGAGAAGAUGAAGGGUGUCACCGCCCUGCGCAACCUCCGCGUCUUGUACAUGUCCAACAACCUCGUGCGGGAGUGGAACGAGUUCACGAGGCUCCAGGAGCUGCCGAACCUCCAGGACCUCGUGUUUUCUGGGAACCCCAUUACCGAGACACUCGAGCUGGAGCAGUGGCGUGUGGAGGUGACCAGACGAUUGCCAAACUUAGCGAAGCUCGACGGGGAGCCCCUGGUUCAUACGAUCGCCGAAGAAGUCGUCCAGGCGCCGAAAAACGAGACACCGUCGUAAGUGGAACUGCGAGGAUCGCCAGAGACUUUAUCGCCGAGCUUCCACUGCCAAUUGGCGUUCGUUGUUCUUAGCCAAGUGACAUUUUGCC